GAAAGUCCAACUGGAUGGUUGCCUAAUCCCUCAUCCAGCAGCAGUAUUUAAUCAGAUGUAGAUCCAGUUCUCUUCUCCAUCUGCAGUCCAGCAGCUCUUCCCCUUCUCAACUGCUUCUCUUUUUUUUUUUGAGUUCUAUCUUUGCUUCAGAUAUGGCUACAGCUGGUAAGGUCAUCAAGUGCAAGGCAGCAGUAGCCUGGGCGCUCAACAAACCUCUGGUGAUUGAGGAGAUUGAAGUGGCUCCACCUCAGGCCAACGAGGUCCGCAUCAAGAUUGUGACAACUGGGGUGUGCCACACAGACCUGUACCACUUGUUUGAGGGUGUGAAUAAAGAUGACUUUCCAAUUGUCCUUGGCCAUGAGGGAGCUGGCAUCGUAGAAAGUGUUGGUCCAGGUGUCACUGAAUUUCAGCCAGGAGACAAAGUCAUCCCUCUGCCUUUCCCUCAGUGUGGAAAAUGUCGCUUCUGUAAAAGUCCAAAGACCAACCAGUGUGCAGAUGCAUGGAAUACAGAUUCCAUGAAGUCAUCAGAAGAUUCCAGAUUUACCUGUAAGGGGAAGAAGGUGCUGCAGUUUUUUGGAACCAGCACCUUCUCACAGUACACUGUGAUGAACCAGAUGGCUGUGGCCAAGAUUGAUCCUGCAGCUCCCCUGGACAAAGUCUUCCUCCUGGGCUGUGGGAUCUGCACUGGAUAUGGAGCAGCAGUUAAUACUGCUAAGGUUGAACCAGGAUCCACAUGUGCUGUGUUCGGUCUGGGAGCUGUGGGUCUGGCUGCAGUCAUGGGCUGCAAAGCUGCAGGAGCAAAGAGGAUUAUAGCUGUUGACAUCAAGCCAGAGAAGUUUGUGAAGGCCAAAGUCUUUGGUGCUACUGACUUUGUCAACCCCAAAGAUCACAAUAAACCCAUCAGUGAAGUGCUGACUGACAUGACCAAUGGAGGAGUGGACUACUCCCUGGAGUGCAUUGGGAAUGUGGAAGUCAUGCGCAGUGCUUUGGAGUCUUGUGUCAAAGGUUGGGGUGUUGCUGUAAUCGUUGGCUUUACCAACAAAGAUGACUUUGCUGCCCGUCCCUUUCAGCUGAUUGCUGGACGUACAUGGAAGGGAUCCCUUUUAGGAGGAUAUAAGAUGAAGACAGGUGUGCCUGAGAUGGUCAAAGCCUACCUGAACGGGAAGAUAAAGCUGGAUGAGUUCAUCACUCACAACAUGACUUUGGCCCAGAUCAACGACGCCAUUCAACUGCUGGAACACGGCAAAUGCAUCCGGACAGCUCUGAGUGUUUCUCCACCAUAAGAUCAUCGUGCUGCUUUCAUUGAUGGUUCAGCUCAGAUCCAAGAUCAUUUAAAUUAUGCCAGAUAUACUCAAAACACUCUUUGGAUUAUAUAAUUUAUAUCAUUAAUAAAUGAUCCAUUGAAGUCUUUACAGAAACUGCAUUUCUAAAUUCAGUGAUGCAUUGUUUAAUGUGACAAAAGUGUUCUUUUCAGUUGUGUUUAGACCAGAUUCACACAGAUCAGUCUCUUGAUAUCAGUGGUUACUGAACUUGGCAGGAGUGUUGUAGCUAUUCUUUAUCCAGAAUUUUUCCCUAUUAGUGCCUCUGAAUGUUUGACUGCUUUCUUCCACAGUUCAAUAAAAAGUUAAAAACCA